CGUUACAAGAGUGCGUAGGUACUGCGUACUUAAUUUUUUAUUGUUGAAUAAAUUUAAUUUGAAGUUGAAGAAAUCACAUGUAAGGUGAAUUGUUUUAAAUGCUAUUAUUUCUGGUGUUCAUUACAAAAUGAUAGUUUCUCCUGCUAGAACGCCAUUACAGACUAGUGGUAAUGGUAAAAUGAACGAUUGGUAUGCGAAACCUUAUUGUCAAUGUAGAAAAUAUAAGCUUUGUGAUUGUGGAGAAGAUCAUGAUGUUACAGAAUGGAAUUGGGAGGAGAAUCGAUCAAAUGCAAGCUGGUUAGUGAUCAGCCAGGACAGAAGACAAAUAACCUUCCAUCCCCUCUAUAGCUCUGGAACUGCCGUAGUCAGGGGUGACACCCCAAUGCUGCUUAAUCAUCAAUAUUAUUGGGAAAUUAAGGUUCUUUCCCAGCCAUAUGGUACAGAUAUUAUGGUGGGUGUCGGCACUAACAAAGUUAACACAUCGGAUGACAACUUCGAAUUCAUGUCGUUGCUUGGGAAAGAUGCGGAGUCAUACGGGCUCUCGUACAGGGGUGCCGUGUAUCACGAUGCGAAGGUAGUCUUCGAGACGGUGGGCUUCUGCCGUGGCACUAUAGUUGGUGUCAGGCUCGACAUGUGGAUGGGAACUUUGGAAUUCUACGUAAAUAGGAAGCCUCUAGGUGUAACGUUCCGCGGCCUCCGGCGCCACUGCCAGCUGUUCCCCAUGGCGUGCUCCACGGCGGCCCAGUCCUCCAUGAAGCUGACGUACGCCGCGUCGUGGCGUGCCUCGCUGCUGGUGCACGCAGCCAAGAUCCUGGCCGCCUCACUCAGCGCUGACCUGCGGCGCCAAAUCCCGCCCGGCCUAACGUAUCCCUUCAAGUCUCAUUUCUGGCUCACUUUGCCCUCGGAUGGGGAUACAUUAAAUGAUGAUGAAGAAGGUGAACCGAUGCAGGCGGAGCCCGCUGUCGACAUAUCCCAUGAGACCCUGUCGAGCGGCAUGAAGCAACGCCAUUGGCAAAUGACGCAGGCGUGUGUAGUGACCACCGAGAACACGUGACAGCAUGCCGCCAUAGAGAUAAUCAUAGAGUUGACGUUGACAUUGACAGAUCUCUGUCACUCAUUAAGUGACAGAGAUCUGUCAGUGCGCUUAUGUCGUAAAAUAUAGCUUGAUUACUAGUUACAGAAUUGAGAGAUUGCUUAAAAGAUGAAAAUUGAUUGUAAUUCUUGAUUACUGUGAUAUCACUCGAAAUAUAACUAUUGUAUUAGCUUUAACGAUAAUAACAAAUAUAAUAUGAUCAAACAAACUCAUCUGAGUACAGUUUUAUCAUUAUUAUGCAAAGGCUUUGUUCUCUAUGUAAAUGUUUCACUAUGCAGCUUCUGUCGUCCACUCUGUAACCUGUCGCGUUUUAAUUAGAUUUUAUUAUAUUUUUAAUUUUUGUCAUUGUUAACGAUGUAUGUCUUUUACCAUCAGAUGUUUUGAGUUGUGAGCCUAGCAAACAAAGAAAUUGGACAUGUCAUAAAAAAAUAUGACAUAUUUACCAUAAAUAUGCAUUUCAUCAUAAACACAUAAUUAUAGAAAUAUAGAGCAUAGAGUAUUUGCGCAAUUGCUUUAUAAUCAGUAUGUAGUUGGUAUUCAGUGUUAUAUCUUGAAAAUAUACCACAUAAUUUCGUAGAUAUUAUUUAUUUACUGCACAACACACGCGUUACUUACAAGCCGUCCCAGGAAGAGAGAGCACAGAUUAUACAUCACAUAAAUCAUAGAUAUGACAUUCAGUGCGCAUAGAAUAUGUUGGAUACACAAAGUAUUUAGCAAAUAUUGGCAGCUCUCCGAGCAAAUUGAUCAUUCAUUUCCCUCAAGCCUUCAGCUGCAUUCAACUUUGCAUAUGAAUAAAAUUCCUUGAUAUUGUGGAAAGGCACGUCUAUAGUAAACCUGGAGACUUUCUCCGACUUCUCUUUUUGGAGCUCACGGUUCAGACAUCUUGUUACGAAGAAAUGAAGACAUUUUCCGGUGCUCUUGAAGACAAUGGUUCCAUCGAACAUUUUCUGCAGUGGAAACGGAAGCUUAUUGUAAUAUGGAUUCAAUACUGCUAUGUCAUCGCAGAGAUUGUCAGUUGUAUAAUUAGCAGGCAUUAUUUCGUUUUGCAUUUAGUAGUAGAUGGUAAUGCCAAAUAGCACCAUUAUUGUCUUCAAAAUGACGGCGGUAUCUUUCUGGCGUAUUUGGAUCUGCCAGUGCUUCAACUAUGUUUGAUUUGAUUUAAUUUAGAGAUUUGAAUAUAGCACGCACUCAGCUCGUGGUACUAAACGUCCACGAUCGUCGUUACGUAACAGUGUGACUGCUGGAAUGUAAACACCUUCGUCAUCAUUCAUUUUUGACAAACGCUGUUGGAGUUGGCGUGGUUGGUAAGACGCAUUGUGGGUUCACGGCCAUUAUUAUCGCGCGACGUUUACGGUAAGGGAGCGUGUGUGCGACUAAUACAGACAGACUAAUGCGUGCUUGUCCGGUUCGUUGGGCUUGUCGGGCCUUCGUUCGCUCGGGGUCACCAAUGUUGUAAAGGUAUUGGUAGUUAAAACACGAGAGUAAAUUGCCAACUGGUUUAUUUUACACGAAUACAAUACUUUUUUUUGCUUGUUGAACUCACAAUGAUCUUACACACCACUAACGCAUGUCUAUGUGUGUCCCCACAGCAUCAACUUCACAAGCUUUAUUGCCUGGUCUCGAUGAUACAAAUAGAUUACAUUUAGCAUUAUGCCUUGAUGCAAGUAGAUCGGUGCUAAGGUAGCCAAGUGUUGAUAUAACUUUUUCAUAUGCAAAAUCACUUAUCUCGAACUCUGGGUUGAUACAGUUGGAAUAAAUCUAGUCUCCAUUAGGUCCUGGGUGCUUAGAAAGUUGAUGAAACAAACUGACCUCUACAAGGCUAGCAAGGUGCUAUGGCUCCUAAAUUUUACAAUUUUUGUAUUGCCUUGAGCAUGUUCAUGUGGUCUUGGCCAGACUUAGAACUAUAAGUUUUUGGUUCUUAAUCCUUAAAUGGAUUAUCACAGAAUAGUAUUUUAUAUCCCUGAAUAUAGCCUAAAAUAUUAUCAGUACACUUGGAAAAUUUCUGUUGGUAGCAGUUGUUGACUUUUUCGGCCCAUUCCUCAUCACUGCUCGAGUACCAGUCUGGUGCUAACGAUAUGGGCCAAUGUAGUUUACCGGCUUCGGUGUUAACUUUUUGAUUGAGUUUCUACUCCUUUGACUGUUUUUGAUUGUCUUAAUUUUUUCAUCAAAAUCCACUUCCAAGCAAGUGUUCAUCUCGCUCCACAUCUUUCACCAAGUUUAGAAACUGUUUAUCCAAUGCGGGCAACAUUAAAUUUUUCCUGGCUCUUGUUUGAAUAUUGUGUAAGUCUGCUAAUACUCUAAUACCAUUACACAGUUGAGAUAAACUUUAACUUCAUCAAAGUUUUCAUCUAUAGUAAGUUAUCAUAAAAUCUUAGUGUAGAUAAAGCCAGUCUCAGCUGAGCUGUGUCGUGUGGCUACAAGUAGAUAUUUUGAUUGUCUUCUAGGGAUGAUUUACGUACGUAAGAAUUAAUAAUGAGUUUAUCUGACGCUAAUUCACAAUGUUCGGAGUUUCAUUCUUUGCUUGCUCGUUGCCACAUUAUUCGUAUUUUCGUACGUAUUUUUCCAGUUUUUUUUUCACUCAGUAAAAAUAUUUUUACAUACACCAGUUAACGCGCCAUGAAAGAUAUUGACGUUGACAUUAAGGAUAGCAAGAUCCGCAGGUAAAAGAAAAAAUAAAAUAAAGUCAAGUAAAUAAAUUAUUUAUUUUGAUAAAAUUUAACCUAAUUUAGUGAAGUAUAUGUUAUUUUGCGGAUAUCCAUAAUUAUCCAAGUGUUAAAUGAGACUCUGAGUCUCGUGCCAGAGUUUAGCGAGUCAACAUUUUCCUGAGGAUGCCUCGUGCAGAGGCGAAACGCGAGUUGAAUUGUUUGAAGACAAGUAUUGGCGGAAUUAACAGUCAAGAAAACUCAAAAUAUUUGGAAAAUUUAACCCGUUAAUAUUUUCUAUAAUUAUUGAAAAUGCCUACAAUGUUUUGGCAGUCGAUACUUCGAUAAGAUAUACCUAGAAAUCAAGCUAUAGUUUCUGAUAUUAUAUAGGGGGAUGGGUACUCCGAAGGGCGCAUUGACAACUUAUAUUAAAUCUCGUUAAAAAUAACUUAUUUUUAUAAACCUAAGAGUAUGUUGGCAUUUUUUUUUAUUUAAUUUUAAAUUGGAGGCUCCUUUGCACAGGAUGCCGGCUAGAUUAUGGAUACCACGACGGCGCCUAUUUCUGCCGUGAAGCAGUAAUGUGUAAGCAUAAUUGUAUUUCGGUCUGAAGGGCGCCGUAUCUAGUGAAAUUACUGGACAAAUGAUGCUUAACAUUUUACGUCUCAAAGUGACGCAAUUGUAGUGUCGCUUAGAAUUUUUCGUUUUCUCAAGAAAUGUAAUGUGGGCAGGGCGUAUGAAUUACCAUUAGCUGAACGUCCUGCUCGUCUCGUCCCAUCCCUUACUGUCAUAAAAAAAUGGACUUUGUUGUUAAAUAAUAAUAAUUUAAAUGAUAUUAUGAAUAAGUCACAAUUGGUAUUACAUAAAUGGGUAUGAAUUUUA